CCCCCCCCCACUGCGUCUCACGCCACCCGACGCGUCAGCGUUCAGCGAGAGCGGAGAGUCUGCAGCGGGCAAGAAGCAGCAGCAGCAGCAGCAUUCCGUCAGCACCAUCACCGACGCAGCGACGCAACGCAGAGAGACGCCCACGAAGACACAGAGACACCAGAGAGAGAGAGAGACAGAGAGACAGCGGGGACAGCAUCAUGGACAUCUUCUGCGGGACCUGGAACUUGGUGGAGAGCCACAAUUUUGAUGAAUACAUGAAGGCCAUAGGCAUCGGCUUCGCGAUGCGCCAGAUCGGCAGCGUCACCAAGCCCACGCUCAUCAUCAGCGCCGAGGGCGACCACGUGACGCUGAAGACCACGAGCACCUUCAAGAACAUGGAGUGGAAGUUCACGCUGGGCGAGGAGUUUGACGAAACGACGGCGGACGAGAGGAAGGUCAAGAGCACGUUCACCGUGGAGGGCGACAAGCUGGUGCAGGUGCAGCGGUGGGAGGGCAAGGAGACCACCAUCUCCCGUGCCGUCUCGGGGGACAGCAUGGUGGCGACGUGCUCCAUCGGGGACGUGGUGGCCACUCGCACGUACCACAAAGCCUGAGAGGUGGGCCUCGGCUCCACCUACUCCUUCUCGGUCAUCAUCCUCCUCGCUCCUCUUCGCUCCGAUGUUGUGGCGCUGUGGCUUUGCGACGGUGUGGCGUUGUGACGCUGUGACGACGUUGUGACGCUGUGACGUUAUGACGUGACGUUGUGAUGCUGUGACGUUGUGACGCUGUGGCGUCGUGACGCUGUGACGACGUUGUGGUGUUGUGAUGCUGUGACGUUGUGACGCUGCAGUGCCACCACAAGCGCUAAGCGACUGAGAACGGAAUAGGCCGCACUUGCCAACGCGGGAGGAGAAAAUUUGUGCAGAAGGUGGAACGGACUAGCCAAUCAAAUCCAAGCCCCUCAACACGCUAGCCAAUCAGACACUAUCCCUACCCUUAACCACAAUGACCAAUCAGAUAUUAGCCCUACCCCUAACCACAAUCACCAAUCAGGCACGAGCCAUACCCCUGACAUAACCACAAUGACCAAUCAGGCACUAGCCCUGCCCCUAAGCCUAACCACAAUGACCAACCAGGCACUAGCCAUACUCCCCAACCCUACCCACACUGACCAAUCAGGAAAUAGCCCUACCCGCUAACCUUUAACACACUAACCACACUAACCAACCAGUCACCAACCUUACCGCUAACCAUGACCACACUAACCAGAUGAACCAAACAGGCACACGCUAUACCCCUAACUCCCCUUAGACAACUCUGCCCCCCUUUUCACUUUCUGUUUGCUCGUCGGUUUUUGUAGCAAUUGGCUGUCACUCAGAGAAUGAAUGAGGGGGGGGGGGUACGGGAAGGGCUGGGGGAGGGGUUUCUAGUAGUCAUCGUGUACGUCGAAGAGCCAGGCCGCAGUGUAUUUUGCCAAAUGUUCACCACAAAUUAAGAAUCCACCCGACCGAUCGUCGUCCCUCGACUGUGCCAGACCUCGGCAGGACCCUCCCUGUAAGCAAGUCGUGGGACUCGUUGAGGCCUCCAUACAACAACCGCGAAAUCUCCUCCUUGUCCUCUUCCUCCUCCUCCUCCUCCUCCUCGUGUCACAAUGGCGUCACAGUCGAAACAAAGUUCGACAGACAGACACAGGGCAUCCAGUGCCGGGCACGUGGCGACGACAGUGACGACAACGGUGAUGACGACGACGACGAUGUGGCUAGCUGUGGAUAGACCAUGGCUCGUGAUGAUGUGGCCCGGUCUGUAGCCCUGGCGAGGUCCUUCACGGAGUCCACGGCUACUCCAGAGCCCCCGCCCCACCCCACGCACACACACAGAGCGAGCGAGAUUGCUCCACGGCUUCUUGAACCGAUGGGAGUCGGAACGAUGCCAUCGGGAGUCUUCUCCUCCUUCCUUCAUUCUUUCUUUCGUGCGGCUGGUGUAGAUGCAGAACAACGACUACAAUUUCACAUUUCAGGUGGUCAAGCCCAGGUAACCGGAGCGUCUAACGCUGUUGACGUCUCCUUCGUAAUUCGUGGAUCGGAGCAUUGCGUCGUUCGCACGUCGCCAUCGGCGGCGCAUCGCGCAGUCGCCACGCGUCGCGCGCGUCCGCCCGAACCUGGUGGUGAGCCCGGGUCCUGGGCCUCCCCUACGUCGACUCAGCCUUAAAUGAGUGCGCACCUGGCGCGGUGUGGAAACACCGCCACUAGGCAGACAAAGGCGUGGUGCUGGCCACACCGUGUGCUCGUGUUGCCGAGCCGGCCUGCAUCGGUGCUACUCGUUAACAGCACUUGCACCAAACAAUAUGUUAAUGUUAUAUGGGGGAUCUUUGUAUGGUAUCUUUGGUGGUGGUGGUGGCGGUGGCGGUGUUGACUUACAGUGUCACACUCGCAGUGUCACCGUUCAGUGUUAUGAGACUUGUCUGCUGGAGCACAGACGGACGGAGAGACUCAUGGACAGUCAGACAUAUGCAUGGAUAGAUGGGCAGGUGGAUGUAUAGAUAGGCAGUUGUAUGGACAACUUUAUGGAUGGAUAGAUGCAUGUAUAGGCGGAUUGAUAGGAUAGUUGGAUAGUUGGAUGGAGAGACUCGUGGACGAUAGAUGGAUCUAAAGACGGAUGAAUAGAUGGAGAGAUGGAUAGACAAACAGAUGGAUAGAUGGAUGGAUGGAUUGAUGGAUGGAUGGACAGACAGACAGUCGAAUGAUCAGACAGAUGGACAGACACAUAGACAGACUGGUGGACGGACAAACGAAUAUAGGGAUCGAUACACAGAUGGAGGAACAUUCAGACAGACAGGCAAGGAGUGAGGCGCAGGAGCGACUCAGAUAAUCGUGAGCGGUGUCGUUGCCGUAAGUGGGAAUCGAACUCGGGUCGGCCUGGCUUGUAUCACCCCCCCCCCCGCUCCCGACACACACUCAAUCACACACGCACCCAACAAUAACAACAUGAUCACGGCGCUCGUGCCAGGCUAGGUGCACACGAACACGCCGCCUACACGCAUACGUUGCGUGCGUACACCGACUUCCACCGCUGCUACUAAUUUACCGGUCCCACUAGAAGUUCAGUGUUAUUAAUCAACCCCUAAAAACAACUAAACAGAAAUAAUAAAGUUGGAGUUUUUAUUUGACCCUUGAA